CUUGUGCACUUUCUCAACUCCAGUCAACAAGGAGCUAAUGUGAAGGGAAGAAAGUCAGACAGAGCAGAGAGGAGGGGUUAGAUGAGGCAAGAAUGUUAAAAUAGAUGGAUCAAAUGAACAGAAAACGUAAAGACUGCUGAAGAGGAAUGUAAAAAAGAAUACACCCUCACAGGAGCCGGUGAGACGGAGAGACACAGGUAUCAGGCAACAAGGAAAAGAAGGAGAACACGAACAAGGGAAUAACAACAGAAGAAAGACAGAGGCCCAGGAACAUUUGUCAUUUCCCCUCUUGUAGCCCACUGGAUGUUUCAGCCAUGAACCUGAGCUUGACCUUUGCCCUGUUUCUUCUCCUGAGUCUUCACACUUGUACAACCACGGGAGGCAAAGCCCAGCGCAGACAGAGACAAGCUGAGGAGAGACUGAGACCGUAUAUUGGCAGAGUAGAGCCAGAAAAGCUUUGUGAGCUGCUGAAAUGCCACAGUCCAGUUGGAUCUUGGUGCCAGGUAGUUCGGGAAAAUGGAGUCCUCGUCCCCAAGUGUGUGUGUCCUCAGUUCUGUCCAAGGCAGAGGGCACCAGUGUGCAGUGUUCUGGGAAAGACCUAUGGGAAUGAGUGUUUGCUGCAUAAAGAAGCCUGCAGAAAAAGACGCCGCACAGGGCUGGCUCACACAGGACCUUGUCUGGUCCCCAAGGCUGAAUGCACCGAGGAGGAGUUAAGCCAGUUUCCAUAUCGUCUCCUGGACUGGUUUCUGCUCCUGAGUCGUAUGGGGGAGUCCUAUGCACCUGCUGCUCCGCCCCAGAGCUGCCUCAGCCACACCCAGAGGACACAACUAGCACAGAAAAGAUUUACCAUCCUGGACAAGAACAACGAUGGCAAGUUGAGCCGCAGGGACCUGAGGAAGCUGCGUUACAAGAGGAUGCCACUGGAGCACUGUGCUACACCUUUCUUUCAGUCAUGUGACCGUAACAGGAACAGGAAGGUGACCCUGCGAGAGUGGACGACCUGUCUGGUGGAUCACUCCGAGGCCUGGUUCUACCAUUUCAUGUCAAUGAGAAUGGGCUCCCGUCAGCUGUGUCCAACAAUCAAAGAGAACCACCUUUGACAUGAAAAACGGCUAUGAUCUCUUUCCCGCAUGUCUUUUGUACUGUAAAGAACUCGCUGAAGACAAAGUCACCACAGUUACCUGAUUUAAAAGCUACAGGAUGGCAUCUCUACCACACUGCUCACGCAUCUGUUUCACAUUGCAGCUCGUAACACAGUGAUUUAUAACCUCAUCAAAUGUGAACGUCUGCUGGUUGUCUGUGCAUUCAUGUGAGUAAAUAAAUGUCUGGACGGACUGAC